CAGCCUGGAGCACCAGCUGCCCAACUUCAGCGAGUGCUGGUGGGAUCAUUGGAUCAUGGACGUACUCAUCUGCAACGGGCUGGGCAUCUACUGUGGCAUGAAGACCCUCGAGUGGCUGUCCCUGAAGACAUAUAAGUGGCAGGGCCUCUGGAACAUUCCAACCUACAAGGGCAAGAUGAAGAGGAUUGCUUUUCAGUUCACGCCCUACAGCUGGGUACGCUUUGAGUGGAAGCCAGCCUCCAGCCUGCACCGCUGGCUGGCCGUGUGUGGCAUCAUCUUGGUGUUCCUGCUGGCAGAGCUGAACACAUUCUACCUGAAGUUUGUGCUGUGGAUGCCCCCUGAACACUACCUGGUCCUCCUGCGCCUGGUCUUCUUCGUGAACGUGGGUGGUGUGGCCAUGCGUGAGAUCUAUGACUUCAUGGAUGAACUGAAGCCCCACAGGAAGCUGGGCCAGCAGGCCUGGCUGGUGGCGGCCAUCACAGUCACAGAGCUGCUCAUCGUGGUGAAGUAUGACCCGCACACACUCACCUUGUCACUGCCCUUCUACAUCUCCCAGUGCUGGACUCUUGGCUCCAUCCUGGUGCUUACGUGGACUGUCUGGCGCUUCUUCCUGCGGGACAUCACCAUGAGGUACAAGGAGACCCGGCGACAGAAGCAGCAGAGUCACCAGGGCAGAGCCAUCAACAAUGGGGAUGGGCACCCAGGGCCGGAUGAUGACCUGCUAGGGACUGGGACUGCAGAGGAAGAGGGGAGCACCAAUGACAGUGUACCUGCUGAAAAGGAGGGGGCCUCAGCCGCCUCAUGAUCCUCUCCCUCUUUACUGGCCUUAUGCCUGCCAUAGGGCUGUCCCAUUUCUCCCGUCCUUAUGCUCCCUGCUUCAGAGGAGGUGGGGGGCCCAUUCCCAACUCCACCAGGGGCACCUGAGUGUACAUGUUUGUGUGCAGGUAGGUGUGUGCACAUAUUGGCUCCUGACACGUCUCCAGGGCUGUGAGCUCCUCAGUGAGCCUGGAGCUUGCUCUAGAGCAAGGGUCCUGCCCUGUCCUUCUACCUGGUCAGCCAAGGCACUGGCCCAUGGUCUCUCCUGUGUUCAGUCUCAGCACAGGCCAGGAGAGGCAUGUCAGUACUCUUUCUCUACCCUCUGUGGGGCAAACAGAAGCCCCAUGCACCCUGUGGCCUCACCCAACUUGCAGCAGCAGAAGUGAAGGAUGUUACAACACCAAGAUGGUCUCAAAGUGGUGGGUCUGGAGUCAGUACUGAGCUGUGGCCUUUGGAGCCUUCUUUAACCAGGACUCUAAGCUGAGGGUGUGUAAUGGAGGGGGUCACCAGAUGGGCCUCUUGAGAGAUAUCAAGUCAGAGAGUCCAACUUGGAGACCUGUAUACCACAGGUGCUAGGGUUGUGUUGUCACCAUGGCUCCCAGAGUUUAUAGUCAUAUUCUUGAGCAAACAGAACAAAUAAAGUGAUGAUGAAGGUG